AUGACAGGCAAUUCAUCCAUGGAUCGAUGGAGUGGUGUUCUAAAGGUUCGAUUGGACCAUAAUAGCCUGAAUUACUACAGGGUUGCAGCAUCUCUAUGCUUCUCUUCUACUUCCAAAACGCUAACUGUUCCUUCUGCAAAUGCCAUAUUCUUCAAUGGAGAUCGAGUUCAAGGAACCAGGAAUCCGGUGAUUGAAAGACUGUCUGAUUUGCAGAAAAUAGCUGAUGUUUUGGUUUCUAAAUUUGGCGGUUCUAUCAAUGCUUGGGUUAUUGAGGCUUCCAUUUUCAGUGGUCCUUUUGCUGUUUACAAGGACUUCAUUCCAUCUGUGAAUAAAUGGGGGGAACCAAAAUUAUACUGCCCAACUGGAUUCCCAGCCUCUUCAGCAACCGUCUCACUUUUAUCAAAUUGUCUUGAAGAGGCAAAGAAAGUGAUUUCAAGUAGCCAGAUGGAACUUCAUUCCACUAGCAUAUCUUCCUCACAGCCCAAAACUUUUCUCCUUGGGUUUAGCAAGGGUGGUACCGUGCUUAACCAGCUUGUUACUGAACUGGGAUUCUUAGAACAAAAAUCCAUGGUAAGUCCUACCCACAUAGAAGAA